CACACUGACAAUUGCUGACAAUGACAGGCAACUCACAGGUUGUCACUUGUCAAUGGCGUAACUUUUCUGUGGCAGGUCAAAAUUCACAGAUUAUAUCACUAUUCAUUUGUUUCUUAUUUAACCCUGUCCCACAAUGCUGAAACCAAACGUAUCCUCCUAUCUGAAAAGUGCCAGUCAGGUGGUUUCCAAUAAUUUGAAAAAGGGAGGACCCAAUGCAGCUAUACCCAGGAAAUCCUCAACCUUGCCACCCAAGGGUUUCAGCAUAGGAUCUGCAUUAUUGAAUGCAGAUGUUGCAGUCAGCUGUGGCCCUGCAGUAUCCUCUCAACUGAGAUGGGCGCAUACUGAUAUCAAAGUACCAGAUUUUACCAAUUACAGAAGAACUUCUACAAAAGACCCUACAGCAAAAACUUCUAAAACUGAAGACACUAGAAAGAAUUUCACCUAUUUGCUAGCUGGUGCUGCUACAGUUACUGGGGCAUAUUCAGCCAAAGCUGUUGUGACACACUUUGUUAGUUCAAUGAGUGCUUCAGCCGAUGUAUUGGCCUUGGCAAAGAUUGAAAUAAAAUUAUCUGAUAUUCCUGAGGGAAAAUCCGUUACUUUCAAAUGGAGAGGUAAGCCACUUUUUGUGAGGCAUAGGACAGCUGCUGAAAUAUCAGCAGAACAGGGUGUUGCUGUGAAUACCCUUAGAGAUCCUCAGCACGACAACGAUAGAGUGAAGAGACCUGAAUGGUUAAUUGUUCUUGGUGUUUGCACCCAUUUGGGUUGUGUCCCAAUUGCAAACUCUGGAGAUUUUGGAGGCUACUAUUGCCCAUGCCAUGGAUCCCAUUACGAUGCUUCAGGGCGAAUCAGAAAAGGCCCAGCCCCUUUGAAUUUGGAAGUUCCUGAACAUGAAUACCCUGAUGAAAAUACCUUAGUUGUUGGUUAGAGCUAGUUUCAUUCCAAAUAUGUAAUGUAAUUUAUUGAAAUUUCAUCUAAUAAUGAAUUACCACCUAAGCAGAAUGUCCAGAUCAAAUCACCAAAUUAAGUUCUCCAAAUCAAUAAGCUGUAAAUAACUAAAAGUGGAAUAAACUGGAAGAGUAUCAUACAAGAACUUGUAUAAUAGAGAA